UCCGGCGCGCGGCGUUUCCGGCUUCGCCGCCAUUUUCGCCGCCAUUGCCCCGGGCCCGGUGCCGCCGCCAUGGGCGCUCACCUGGGCCGGCGCUACCUGUGGGACGCCGAGGCCGAGCCCGACCCGCUGCACAUGCCGUCCUUCCCCGCCGAGCUGGGCAUGCCGCUCCGCCAGCCGCGCGCCAUGGUGGCCUCAGCGGCGCAGCUGGCCCAGGGCCGCGUGUCCCUGGAGCAGAGGGAUUUCUGCGGGCACCACCUGCUGCGGCUGCUGCGCUGCCACCGCGACAACUUCCCCGUGCCAUGGGGCUGCCACGCGCUGCGCCACGCCUGGGACAGCUGCCAGCAUGAGGACUACGUGAUGCGCAUGAAGGAGUUCGAGCGCGAGCGGCGCCUGCGGCUGCGGCAGCAACGGCUGCGACAGCGCCGCGGGGACAGCGGGGACAGCGAGUGACAGACGGGACACCGCGGGGACAGCGAGUGACAGACGGGAACAAGGACAGCGAGUGACGCUGUGGGGACAACGAGUAACAACAAGUGACACCUGAAUGACACUGAGUGACACCGGGAACACUGCGGUGACACCGAGUGACACCCGCGACACCGAGUGACACUGAGUGACACCUGAGUGACACCCGGGGACACCGUGGUGACACCGAGUGACACCGCAGUGACACUGAGUGACAUCCGGGACACCAAGUUGACACUGAGUGACACCUGAGUGGCACUGGUGACACCGAGUGACACCCAGGGGACUGAGUGACACCCAAUCACACCGAGGACACCGUGGUGACACCUGAGUGACACUGGCAACACCGAGUGACAUCUGGGAUACUGAGUGACACCCGGGGACACCGAGUGACACCCAAGUGACACUGGAGACACCGAGUGACACCCCGGUGACUGUGACACGAGGCCACCCCGCGCAUUAAAGCUGUCAAGUGACA